AUGUCACAAACAAUAACAUUACCGAAAGUAAUCUUUGGAACUAGUGCACUAGGAAAUUUAUACGCGGCAUAUGAAGAUAAAAUUAAACUUGAAACUGUUAGAGCAUGUAUACAAUAUACCUCACCACAAAAACCGGUCGUAUUUGACUGUGCUGGAAAAUAUGGAGCUGGAUUAGCGUUAGAAACAUUGGGCAAUUAUCUGAAAACACUAAAUGUAAAGUCUGAGGAUAUUCUGAUCAGUAAUAAACUUGGCUGGUAUAGAACUACCGAACUUGAAAAUGGCAAAGAACCUACAUUUGAAACUGGAAUAUGGCAUAAUUUGAAAUAUGAUGCAGUACAGAAGAUAAGCUAUAAAGGUAUACUUGAAUGCUAUGAACAAGGCAAUCAAUUGUUAAAUGGUUACAAGACUAAACUUGUAUCAGUACAUGAUCCAGAAGAAUAUGUUGCCAGUGGCCAAAAUCAAUUAGAAAAAGACAAACGUUACAAUGAUAUAAUUGAAGCUUAUCGUGCACUUCAUGAAUUGAAGAAUCGAGAUGAAGUCAAAGCUAUUGGUGUAGGAUCAAAAGAUUGGAGAAUGAUUGAACGUAUUGUAAACGAUGUUAACUUAGAUUGGGUAAUGAUUGCUGCGAGAAUGACUGUACACAGUCAUCAUCAAGGAAUAGUUACUUUUAUGGAAAAAUUACAACAGCGUGGAAUAAUCAUUAUCAAUGCAGCAGUAUUUAAUAGUGGUUUUUUAAUUGACGAAGAUUAUUAUAAUUAUAAAUUAAUGGAUCCUAUGUAUGAUCAACAAUUAUUCAAAUGGUGUACAGAUUUUUUCGAAUUAUGCGAUAAAUAUAAAAUAAAACCAGCUCAAGUAUGCAUCGCGUUUGGACUAAGUGCACCAGGAGUUAAAAGUAUUGCCUUAAAUACAAUAGAUGUGGAUCGUAUUAAAGAGAAUUUAGAUAUGGGAGCGGGAGGAAAUGCGGCUAUACCAUCAAAUUUUUGGAAAGAGAUGAAAGCACAUGGAUUGAUUGAUAAAAACUACACUUAUGUGUAA